AUGAGGAAGCAAGCAGCUGAGGUUCAGGCUGAUUGUCCCAAAUGUUCUACGAUACCGACUGCGGAAGAUUGGAGAGCCCCAUAUUUAGCAUUCUUUGUUGAGGGGACUCUGCCAACCAAUUCCAAGCUCGCUUAUAGGCUUAAGAAGACGGUAAAAAGGAAGGUCAGAAGCACAUCAAGUCAUGUAGAAAUACAUGCUGGAGAGUGUGGAGAACAUCAAGGAAUGAAAAGGCUUCACCGGCAGCUCCUGAGUUUUGGAUAUUACUGGCCUACCAUGAAGAAUGAUGCACAUGACUUUGUUAAAAGAUGCCACACAUGCCAAAUCCAUGCUAAUUUAAGUCACAAACCUCCUAUGUUGUUGCAGGACAUGCGCACCCCUUGGCCUUUCCACUUUUGGGGGCUUGAUUUAAUUGGGACAAUCCAUCCUCCAUCCGAUGGUUACAUAUGGAUUCUUACUGCUACGGAAUAUUUCACAAAGUGGGUUGAGGCAAUCCGUCUUCAAAAGGCCACAGGAGCUGCUGUCUCAAAUUUCAUUUGGGAAUAUAUUGUGUGCAGGUUUGGAAUCCUGUACAAGAUGGUUACCGACAACGACACACCCUUUGUUAACAAGCAAGUAAGCUCAACACUCAGUGGUUACGGAAUCAAGCCUAUUACCCACAGGGAAAUGGUCAAGCAGAGGCUACCAGUAAAACAAUACUGA